AUGGCGCCUCCGUUGAAGCCUCAAGCUACGCUGCCGCCGCCGACUCGACGGCGCCGACAUCAACAUGCACCGUCGAGUCGGCCCAGGGAACGCACCUAUUCCACAUCGCAGGAUACAACCUCCACGAGCACCUCCGCGCCGGGACUUCUAUCUGCUCCGACCCCUUCUCCGUCGGCGGCUACGACUGGGCCGUCCAACUGCUUCUUCCCCGACGGCAGCGAGGGCGGCGCGCUGGUGCUGCUCCUCAAACUCCUGACCAAGAACGCCGCGGCGAGGGCGUCCUGCGCCUUCAGGUUCCACAACCCGGCCACCGGGGCGGCGUCCGCCAGGUGGUCGGUGCCCUUGUUGCAUUACAGAUCGGGGCUGGUGAACAAGCGCGCGCAGGUCAGCACAUUCAGAUGGAACGUGUUGAUGUAUGCCCAUGACGAUCGCCUCACGGUGGAGUGCGCGGUCACCGUCGUCCAUGAACCCAAGGUGUCCGAGACCAAGGCGGUCUUCGCUGUCGAAGAGCCGCCAUCGGAACAGUCAGAGCACCUUGGGAGGAUCUUGGAGGAGGAGGGGUGUGAUGUGACUUUUGAUGUUCAAGGAGAGGUUUUCACUGCCCCCAAGAUCGUGCUUGGGAUGCGGUCACCGGUGUUCAAGGAGAAAUUCUACGGACCGGAGAUGGAGAAAGGGUAA